AUGCUGAGGUAUAACAAGCUUGAAGCAGUGAAACUGAAAAAAAUAAACGAUAAGAAGAGACUCACCAUACACAAUGUCCUGCACUUGAGCGUGGGACAUGUACUGGAGAUAAAUACGGUUGAUGUUGGUGUGGAGGCUCUGACGAUUGAUGUGAAAUUCGAACAAACUGAUCCUGAAGAUAUCAAUGAGGACGCUCUGAAAGAAAACAAUGACUCUGACAAUGUACAAUCUGCAGACUCAGACGAUGAUCCUCUGAUGAUUGUGAAGAAAGAACAUACGCCGGGCACGCCACUUCUGGACAGGGAUUUCAUGUCGCUUUUUAAUGGGCAAUGUGCGGCUGUAAACCCACCUAUGCCAUCUCCAUCACCGUUGCAGACAUCUUCUACGAUGAGACGUUUACCGGGUGCUUAUUCUGCCACCAUCGUCACCAAAUGUGGUGGGGCGCAAUUCACCAAGAAGGAGAAUCGAACUUUACGAACCAAGUACGAUGACAUGACCAUGUAUGGAAGAGGAGGAUGUAGAGGAUCCUCUACCUACAGUAGGAGAAUAGCAAGCUCAUCUCAGGAAUUCGCCACGAGUUACUGGAGAGGGAGAAGAUAA